CAAGUCCCGUCGUCCCUCGCGCGGCCAAUUCCUCGCAGCCAAUCAGGAGCGAACAGGUCGCCAAGUGGGAAAGGAAGGGACAAAAUGGCGGCGAAAGGUGGUGGCGGCAGCGGAGGAGGCGGCGGCGGCGCUCAUAGGAAUGGGAUCCUGGACAAGUGGAAGAUCGACGACAAACCCGUGAAAGUAGACAAGUGGGACGGGUCGGCAGUGAAGAAUUCUUUGGACGAUUCUGCCAAAAAGGUCCUCCUAGAAAAGUAUAAGUACGUGGAGAACUUCUGCCUGAUCGACGGCCGCCUCAUCAUUUGCACCAUCUCUUGCCUGUUUGCCAUAGUGGCUUUAAUAUGGGACUACCUUCACCCUUUCCCCGAAUCGAAGCCUGUCCUUGCGGUCUGUGUCAUAUCCUAUUUUGUGAUGAUGGGCAUUCUGACUGUCUAUACCUCGUAUAAGGAGAAGAGCAUCUUCCUGGUAGCUCACAGGAAAGAUCCGGCGGGGAUGGAUCCCGAUGACAUCUGGCAGCUCUCCUCCAGCUUGAAGAGGUUUGACGAUAAAUACACCCUGAAGAUGACGUUCAUCAGUGGCCGGACCAAGCAGCAGAGGGAGGCGGAGUUCACCCGGUCCAUCGCCAAAUUCUUGGACGGCAGCGGCACCUUAGUCAUGGAUACCUACGAGCCGGAGGUUUCGAAGCUGCACGACAGCUUGCUCACGGAAAGGAAGACCAAGUAGGCCGCGCUGGAGUUUCUGCCUUCCUGCUGGACGCGGGCCGAGAUUAAGCCAAUAAAACAAAAUAGCAACAAAUGUUAGCCUCUGUUUUUGUCCUGAACCUGUCUGUCAUCUCUCUCUCUCUCUCUCUUCCCUUUCCCCUCCCUGUAGAACAACAGGAGCAAAAACAUCUUGCCUGCUUUGCCUUGUGACGGGUCUUAACGUUUUACCUGACUUGUUAAUGUAGCAUUGCCAAGGACUUUUGGGGACAGAGAGGGACCACGUGGGCUUGAUCCUAGGGAUGAGCUACCCUUUUUAAAAACAAUGUGUUUUCUAAGAGCUGCGUCAGAUUCAGCGCAUAAGCAUAGCUGAUGCGGGAGGUCAGUUACCUUUUACAUUAGGAAUCCCUGGCAGAAGGUGUUCCCAGCCUGGUUCUGUUUGUUCUUUAUUUUUUAUCAGGAAAGGGAGCGGGUUUUUGUUUUCUUAAAUAGAAAGGAUUUUAUUGGUUGGGAGUGGGGCUUGGGAAGGAGGUAGAAGCCGGCUAUGAAGGAAGAUAAGCCUGUUGGGGGGGUGUCUUCAUGGGUAAGAAGGAGGCUGAUUUAAAAUUCACUCCAUUUUGUGUUGCUCUCAUAUGGUGCAAUCCCCCCCUCACAAACACACACACUGAAGUAUCUCUCCCUCCUAUCCAUUCUACGACUGCCAUUUUCUUAAAAUUAUUUUUUUUCCAAUAAAAGGAAAAACUGUGAAAA